AUGCCCUACAAACCGCGGUCCAGUAAAGGAUGCGGGAAUUGCCGCACGCGCCGAAUCCGAUGCGACACCGCACGGCCCACGUGCUCCCAGUGUAAACGGGCCCAGUUCUCCUGUCCUGGAUAUCGCGAUCCACAGCAGCUGCAGUUUCGCAAUGAGAACCCGGCUGUUCGGGCCCGAGUCGAUGCAGAGAAUCAAUUGGGGCCGGUGUCCCAUUCCAGAGCAGCGACGUUGAACCAUCUAUCGCCCCUCUCGGUUCCGUCGCCCCUGUCGGAAUCCAUCCGCGAUGAAUCUGUUCGCUUUUUCUUUCGUUACUAUGUUUUAAAUGACCUCUAUGAUAUCCCUAUCCACCCCAGUGUCUCGCAGAUGGCCGAUCUGGCGGCCAUUAGUCCUGCUGUUUCUAUGGCCCUCGCUGCGGUGGGCAUGGCGAGUAUAUCUAAUAUUCGAAAAUCCGCCGGGUUGAUGGCUAUUGCCAGUAAAGAGUAUACAGACGCUCUAAGCCUCACUGGUACGGCAUUGGGCGAUCCAACAAGCGAUGCUACCCUUGCGGCGGUGUUGCUUCUUAGUAUGUUUGAAGUUUUGACAUGCAGAGUUAGACACUCCCUCGACUCGUGGCUUCAUCAUACUCGGGGAGCCAUGGCUUUGGUUGAGAUGCGGGGAGCCGACCAGAUCCAAAGCACUGUUGGAAUGCGCUUAUUUACCCAUUUGCGCGUGCAAAUUAUCACUAGCUGCCUCCACUGGCAUACUCCCGUACCAGCUUCAUUGGUUCAAUGGUCCUCGCAGGCCAUGUCCCUGCGAUCGGUCAGCGACGCCAAAGCUGACGAACUGGUAGACCUAAUUGCCCGCGUAAGCGAAGUAAUACUUUACGCAGGGACACAGGACGAUAUUCAAAUUACUACAGAGGCUUCAUGUGUCGACCAACUUCUAUUCCAGUGGCGGCAGAAUCUCCCACCUCGCUGGGCUUAUCGCACAGCCCAACGACCACCAGCUCGACACCGUAACCAAGGCGACUCAGAAGGUCUCUUCUUCGACGAUACAUAUCAUAUUUAUCCGGACGCAUGGGCGUGCAAUAUUUGGAAUUUUUAUAGAACAGGCCGGAUCCUGCUCAACCGAUUGAUCCAGGUCCGCAUCCAGAAAAACAAGUAUUCGCCUUCACAUCCAACAACAGAGGUUCUCAGCAAUUUAGCCAUGGAGAUUGCACAAAGUGUACCCUAUGCUCUAAGACAAGUCGGCCCUGCACGAGCGGCAGGAGUGGACUUGACCUCCUCCGCUGACUUUCUUGGUGGCUUCAUCACGAUGUGGCCUCUGUACGUGGCGGCAGAUGUAAGUGCCCUGGGAUCGGCAUUACGAGAAUGGGCGAUCGAGCGCCUGGAAGUCAUUGGACACUGUAUGGGGAUUGGAAAAGCCCAGUUUAUGGCGCGAACAUUGCGAAGUGCACAACAAUUUGAAGCUCGAUUAACGAGCGGAGAAACCAAUUAG